GCAGUAAUUUGUUCGGGCGGACGAACUGCAUUCUGGGAUAGUCCAUACUUCCGAAGGGGCGAAAAUGGGUCAAAACCAGUCCGGAGGUGCCGGUGGGCAAGGAGGGGAAAAGAAAGACGACAAGGACAAGAAGAAGCGUUAUGAGCCGCCUGUUCCCACCAGGGUGGGGAAGCGCAGGAAGAAGGGGAAGGGGCCGGACUCUGCUAACAAACUCCCUGCAGUGACCCCGCACACCCGCUGCAGACUGAAGCUGCUGAAGCUGGAGAGGAUUAAGGACUACAUGCUGAUGGAGGAAGAGUUCAUCAGGAACCAGGAGAGGCUCAAGCCUCAGGAUGAGAGGGUGGAGGAGGAGCGUUCUAAGGUGGAUGACCUGCGAGGCAGCCCCAUGUCUGUAGGUUCCCUGGAGGAGAUCAUAGAUGACAACCACGCCAUCGUGUCCACAUCCGUGGGGUCGGAGCACUACGUCAGCAUCCUGUCCUUUGUGGAUAAGGACCAGCUGGAGCCGGGCUGCUCUGUUCUCAUGAACCAUAAGGUGCAUGCUAUAGUGGGCGUGCUGGGCGAUGACACAGACCCCAUGGUGACAGUCAUGAAGCUUGAAAAAGCCCCCAAGGAAUCAUACGCAGACAUAGGAGGCUUGGAUCAGCAGAUCCAGGAGAUCAAGGAGUCGGUGGAGCUGCCCCUGACUCACCCAGAGUACUAUGAAGAGAUGGGCAUCAAACCUCCCAAGGGAGUCAUCCUGUAUGGUGCUCCUGGAACAGGUAAAACUCUCCUGGCCAAGGCAGUGGCCAACCAGACAUCAGCCACCUUCCUGAGAGUCGUCGGGUCGGAGUUGAUCCAGAAGUACCUCGGGGACGGACCCAAGCUGGUGCGCGAGCUGUUCAGAGUGGCGGAGGAACACGCCCCGUCCAUCGUCUUCAUCGACGAGAUCGACGCGGUGGGUACGAAGCGGUACGAGUCCAACUCCGGCGGGGAACGUGAGAUCCAGCGGACCAUGCUGGAGCUGCUGAACCAGCUGGACGGGUUUGACUCACGGGGGGAUGUCAAGGUAAUUAUGGCCACCAACCGAAUAGAAACUCUGGACCCAGCCUUGAUCAGACCUGGCCGCAUUGACCGUAAGAUCGAGUUCCCGCUGCCAGACGAGAAAACAAAGAGAAGAAUCUUCCAGAUCCACACGAGUCGCAUGACCCUGGCGGAAGACGUAAACCUGGAGGACUUUAUCAUGGCUAAAGACGACCUUUCAGGGGCCGAUAUCAAGGCUAUCUGCACUGAAGCAGGAUUGAUGGCUCUACGAGAACGCAGAAUGAAAGUCACCAACGAAGACUUCAAGAAAUCCAAGGAGAAUGUGCUGUAUAGGAAGAACGAGGGGACACCGGAGGGGCUGUACUUGUAGAAAGGAAAGGGGAGCUAGUGACAUUAUGUAUUACUCUUCAGUCUUCAAUAGACAAUGAUUCAUCUCAGUAGAUGAAUGUGUAGGGAUUGGACAUCAAAUUCUUCAAAACUAAAUUUAUAGUACACACCAUACCAUAUCCAUAUUUGAAGUUUGAUAUUGAUUAGAAUCCGAAUAGGUGUAUGGUAAGGAAGUAAUACAUGUACCUUAAACUACGUGUAAUGUAUGAAGCUUGGACAUUGAAGUACGAAGAUAUUUGAAGACUUCCAAUGACAUUAAACCAUUUACAUUGUAUGAACUGAAAAA